ACGCCGGAAACCUUUCCGGCACAGUAUGUGCCGGUACAAAGUCGUUGAGUUUAAAAAGCCCGGCGCAUUAUCCGUCGGUAAAUGUGCCCGUUAUUUUUCCGCCGUAAUGUGCGCCGGGACCACUAAGAUGUUGGUUUUCGCCGACGUACUUUCUGGCGCAUGUGACGUCGGACACUUUCCGAUGUCCAAUGCGCCGUAAAAUACGUCAUAAAAUUUUCGUUGCAGCAUGCGCCGUUUCAGGCGCCGUAUUUUACCGGCGCAAAACGCUCGGCCGGAAAUUCCGACAGUAAUCGCGUAUUUUCCUGUAGUGUGGCGUCGAUCUUGCGGAGAGAAGAGAGGGGUUAGAAGACCAAGACGAAGAAAGAACAAGCUCGCAAGCUUUCCUAAAGGAAGAUGAAGAGGUGGAACAAGCGCGCAAGCUUUUCCAAGAAAGAAGAAAAACCUCUCAAGAUUUUUGGCUCCAAAAAUCACAUUAUAUCAACCUUUUUAUGCUUCAAAACAUCUCUAAUUAUAAGAGAAAAGAGGCAGCCAAACGGCCAACAACCUCACUCCAAACCAAUCAAGAAAAGGGAAAUAGAAGGCCAAAAGGCAUACCAGGACAGCAGCUGAAAAACCACCCAAAAAUCAGGCCAAAUACAUCCAUGUACAGGCUACCAGGAAAGAAACCGAAGAGGCAGCUCAAGGGGGUGGAACCAGCAGGAAAAAACCAACAGCCAACCAUGGGAACAACACCAGACAAAAGAAACUGAAAAGGCAGCCAACACUCAGCUUUAAAUCUCAAAGAAGAAAUCAAGGAGACACAAGAAGAGGAAGAAACAAGCUCCACUCCAAAUAUCUUUAUGAAUUUAUGAUUUAGGAAGUGCAUUUAUAUCAUCAAAUAAUGAGUUAAACAUCAGCUCAAGCAUUAAUGAGCUAGCACCAAGUAGAUCUCAACAUUUCAGCUCAUAAUCAAAGCAGCCAAAGCCCAAACCGAGAGCAGCUAAGGACCAAACCAAGAGGCAGCAAGCAGCCCAAAGCAAAAAAAGACCCAAAUUGAUUUGAACCCCCCCCCCCCCCUGCCUACAUCACUAUUAAGUUUAAAAAUUAAAAAUAAUACUUUGAUUGAAUGAACAGCUAAAUAAGCAAAUACUUUAACAAGCAUAAGCAAGUAGCUUGUGUUCAUAACUAAAAGCAAUAUAAUAUUGAAAAGAAGAAAAUUCCCAUAUAAACGCAACAAAUAAAUUUAUAAUUAAAUCUUAAAUUCGCAUAUUAUUAAGCCUUAAUCAAGCUUCUUGAUGAGCUUGCUCACGAGUUUUACAUGAUAUUGUUCGUGAUUAUAAACAAAUCAAACACCAAGUUAGUCAAAUUUGUUUAUUUAUCAAUCAAAUAUUUAUAAUGUUCAAGCUUGUUCAAUUAGUUAAUUAAAUGAUUAGGAAUGAGCUCCAAUAGUGCCAAGCCAAGAGUAACUUAUCAAGUGUAUUUGUUCAUUUGCAACUCUAGUUGUAGACUUCCUUCAAUGCCCAUAAUAAUGGAUGUAUUUCAUUUUGGUCCCUCAAUUUUGAAGUUUGAGCCUUUUAUUUUAUUAGUCCAUUUUAUUCAAACUUUCUCUGCUUUAGCAAAAAGGGAUAAUUUGCUUAUUUUAGUUAAUUGAAUCAUUUAAUACAGAUAAAAAGGUCCACUCGGUGUUCUUCUUGGUAGACUUGUGCAACAAAUGUUUCAGGCCUGAUUCAGUCCAAUUUAGGCAUAGUAAUGCAUAUAUGCAGACUUGCCCAUGAAUUUCACAUCUCUUUCAACUCAUGAUUAGGAAAUAAGAUACUGUAUCAUUGCUGCUGCAUUUAAGGAUGUAUUUCCAUAUUAUAACCCGUCACCUAUAGAUCAUAAAGUUGUUCUAACCGUUGCAGCAUGACUCUUCUUGAGAGCCAUCCAAACAAAUCAAAAUAUUUAUUUUAAAUGAAUUUGAUGUAUUUAUUCUAUUAUAUAUUUUAUCAUGCUAUCUUUUUUUUAUUAUCAUUUUUUUUAGUUUAACCAGGAAAUUUAGAGCUGGCUUGCGCCUGCACCGUUCCCCUUAACAUGUCUUUCUUUCCACUUCUUACUUCCACCCAACAGUUAAAAUGUUGUUACUUUUUGAGAAAUCUCAGAUGACUUAUUUGAACAAAAUAUUGUUGGGGGCAUUUUAUCUUUUGGUAGUCUACUUAUCUAUUUGUUAAUGUGGAACUCACUAUAAAUGGCCAAAAGAAGCUAAUAUUUUCUUUUUAUUUGAGAGACAUUGGGACUUAGUGGCAUCGAUGCCCUGAAUUGAACCAAAAAGGAAAACCGUCUUGUACUUUAAAAACACUUAUUGGAAGAUUUUACUCUGAAUGGAAAUUUUUUGAAAACAUGAGCAUGCCUACUUUUCUGAGUGAUGAUACAACAACAAAAGAAGCAAAUUUUUAUUUCACUAUGUAGGGUCAGCAAUUUACUCAGUGAUACAUGCAACAAAAUCGGACGGAAAUAAUAGCUUAAGGUAGUUUAUCUACUAUCUUGCAAAAUAAAAAAAAAUUAUUAUCUUUCAAAAUAAAAAUAUUUCAAUUGUCUCCAUUAGAUGUGAAAGACGAACAUCCUUACUUUUCCGUAAGUUGUAAAACAAUUUUUCUUUUAUUCCGGCAAAGGAAAUAAAAGGCAGAGCUUCGCACUGAAGUCGCAUCAUUGAUUUUCUUUCAUCUGAUUUAAUUUGAUGGUUCACUUGAUAAAAUUUAUUGUAAGGAUUACUACUAUUCUACACUUCUGUAUCAUUUGCAUCUUGUCCUGCUGUCUUUAUAAUUAUGUUAUUGCUGGCAUCAAGUGCUCUUUUUUUUUUUUCAGGUUGUUGGCAUCAUCAUUACGUCAAAGGAGGAAAUAUAUAAACGAUUUGAUUCAAAAGGAGAGGCCUGGUUUCUUGGAACUUGCAAAGCAGUUAACUGUGGAAGCUGAUGAAGCUUGUGUGAGUAAUGAGACUACAUUGGGAAAAAUAAACUCAUUUUUUGAGGAUGCAUGUCAUUCCUCAUGUGAAGGAAUUAUGGUAAAGUCUUUGGAUGUUGAUGCUGGAUAUUUUGCAUCAAAGCGUGCUGAGACAUGGUUAAAGGUUAAGCGAGAUUAUGUGGAGGGAUUGGGCGAUAGUCUUGAUUUAGUUCCAAUUGGUGCUUGGCAUGGGAAUGGAAGAAAGGCGGGAUGGUACAGUCCUUUCCUUAUGGCAUGCUACAACCCAGAUUCUGAAGAAUUCCAGAGUGUGUGCCGGGUCAUGUCUGGUUUCUCAGACUCUUUCUAUGUCAAUAUGAAGGAAUUCUUUUCAGGCGAGCGGCUACUGUCCAGGAAACCUUCCUACUACCAAACUGAUGAGUCGCCGGAUCUGUGGUUCUCGCCAGAACUAGUUUGGGAAAUUCGGGGGGCAGGUACUACUAAUUUCUUCUCUUCUAAUAUCUCAAAUAUGAAAAAAAAAAUAGGGAAAUUUACAUACAUAUGACUGAAUUAUUUAUAAAUUUACAAUUAUUUUUAAUUAUUUGAAAUAAAAUGCAUAUUUUAUGAAUAUAAUAUAAAAAUUGCG